GGCCACAAGCCUGUUUUUUUACAUGACUCCUAAACGCAGCCUUUCUCUUUUUUCACUCGGCCUCAACCUCUGCUGUUUGUUUACCACAAACCCUAGUUGAAGACCCUAAAUUUUAUUUGUUCGAUCUGAUAAUUCACACAAGUUUUGUUUGCUCAUUCAGUCUCUCAGUUCAGUGUAGACUUUAAAAUCUAAAAUCUGCGGCAUAACUGAGGUCUCUGCAAUUUCCUCUUAUCUUUUCUCUUAAAUCAUUGAAGGCGUUUAGAGCAUUCAAUCAAGUUCAGUGCCAUUUGAUUGAAAUGCCCGCUUUCCCUCAUCCUGGGUCUGUCACACUAUGCGAAAUCAAUCGAGAUUUGAUCACCGUUGAAAGCCUCACCGAUGGGCACGCCAAAGACACCUAUGGGAAAGUUCUUGGAUUUGUAUUCAGUCCUGUUCCUUUCCAAUCAGAUCUUCUCUUGCCCGGUACUGAGCAUGGAUUUGAACAAGAAAAUGGAGAUAAUGUUCCAAGAGGGUUAACUGCUUUCAGCAAAAUAUUGUGUGAAUGCAUUAAACGCUACCUUCCUCCCACCGAUGUAAGUUGGUUAUGGAGUUCAGACUGAUAUUAGCUUAUUGGUUUCACUAGAACAUUAGUUCUUAACAAAUGGUUGUCUUCCUAUGGUUCAUUUCCUGUAUUCUGCAAGUUAUUUGCCCUUCUUAUUUUCA